AUGACAACUAUUAACUUAAGUAUCACUUCCAAUAAUGUCAUGUCUAUUCACCCUCGAUUCUCAUCUUUUUUCGAAAUCUCUGAAGUUUCUAACUCACUGGAACAUUCAGUAUACCUGAAAAGUACACAAGGAAUCCUUUUUCAAAAUUCUUCAUUUUUAGUUAUACUAUCAUCUCUUCCAGAUUCUUCAAUAUUAUGUGAUGAGGGAAAAUCAUCUUUUCUUAUGAACUCCUCAACGUCAUUACUUCCGAUAGUAUCUGACCGUGUUUCUUAUUUUUGUGGUUAUAUGACUACUUAUUCAUCCCUAAACGAAAAAGUUCCUUCCUCGUGUCUUAUCUUCAUUAAUAUGAAAAAUCAAAGCAUUAUAAAUGAAAUCCUUAGUUCAAUUUCUAAAACUUUGUCUCAUUGCAAAGUAAUUACAGUUAUAAGAAUUAACAAUAAUGAUAUUGUCAUUAAGGACCAAUUCGAAAGACUACCUAGUUGUAUGUCUGACCAAACAAUUAUUCCAAUUCCUUCUCAGUCUCUUUUAGAGCUUAUCAAAACGUAUAAAAAUGAAGAAAAAGAAAUUGAAGUUAUUAUUGCUACUGAUGAAGUGAAAUUUCAAACCGAAAUAUUUCCUUUGAUUAGGGAAGGUCAUUCAAUUACAUUAUUAUGCACAGAAGAAGAAGGGAAAAUGCAAAAUGACAUCAACCUUUAUCAUGGAUUAGAUUGUUCUGUUAUUCACCAUGAGUUAAAUGAAUCAUUCUUACAAAAGAUAUUUGAAAGAAUUCGUCAGAAAGAGAAAUUACCAAACAUUAAAUAUAAUGAAAAUGCAAUAGCAAUACAAAACUCACCAAGAAGUUUUGUAAAAACACGAAAAUCACUUAUGUUUAUGUGUCCUGCUAUGGAAAUCAAUGAAAUCAUGUUAGGAAAUAAAAUACCAGAGAGAAGUCCAAUUAGUUGUGCUGAGGCUGUAUUAUAUUUAUUUCACCAAAUGAAACAAUGGUCAGUUUUUCAUUGUGUGAAAGAACAAGAGAAAUGA